AUGAAAAGAAAGAGAACGCUUUCAAAACCUUCAAGCUUCUUAAAGAAGGUCUUUGAUAUGUUAAAAAAUGAUGAAAUUCAAGAGAUAGUUUCCUGAAAUAAGGACGGGCAAGCAUUUACUAUAAAGAAUUCGGAAGAAUUCAGUAGGGUGAUUUUGCCUCUGUACUUCAAACAUAAGAACUUUUCAAGCUUCACUCGUCAGCUGAAUAUGUAUGACUUCCAUAAGUAUAAGAUUGAGGAGAAUACCCAUACAUUUAAGCAUCCUUUAUUUAUUCAAGGUCGAAAGGACCUAAUUAAAGAGAUCAUGAGAAAAUCGAAUUUCUCCCAAAAUUCUGAAUCCUCAGCUAACGAACCGCACAAAACAGAGCUUACACCAUUGCUGCAAAAAAUGCAUGAACUCUAUACGGACAAUCAAAACUCAGAACAGCACAUCAAAACUUUAGAAGAAAAGAUCGAGAACAUUCGAGAACUAAAUUCUGACCUUUUGACCCAACUUAAGGAGUCAAAGGUAAGGAUUAGAAAUUUUAAAAAGAUGCUGUUAAGUACUUCUAACAUGAUGGGAACUACUGAAGACGAUUUGGACUCCCUCCUCAAGCUAGAAACCCCAAGUUCCGAAGACCAUAGAGAAAGUCCUGCUUCAAAUAUGGCCAUAGAUCCAGGAGUUAAAAGGGAUAGCAAAUCCGUUGGGUCCAGCGAAUCAGGCGAAGAAAGAAAUCUAAAUAAAAGUGAUGAUGACACCAGCAUCUAUCUGCAAACUGACACCUAG